ACAACAACACAGAAAAUCUAGAGUCAAGUUAAGUCUACAUAAAUGACACGUUGACCCCGUCACUUGCAAACUGCAUCCAUUCUGAUUCAUCUUCUUCUCCUUCUCCACCAAGCUUUAUCAAUUCACACCACCAGGAAACUAUAUAUCAAUGUCUACGAACACCGAUGCUAUUAAAUCGAGCACAGAUGCUGUUGUUUCAUCCGAACCACCAAUUAACAAUAAUAUUGCUGUAAGUAACGGUGUGACGGAUGUUAUUGGGGCUGAUUCGAAAACCGAAACCCUAGUUGAUGAUUCUAGGGUUUCUGGUGGUGAAAUAGGGGUUGUAAUGGAUAAGGAUGUGAAAGUUGGGGGUGAUAUUGUUGUUCAGGAUGAAAUUAAUGAUGCUAGGGUUUCUGUAGAUGAAAUAGGGAUUGUGAAUGUGAUGGAUGAUAAGAGUGAGGUAGUUUUGGAUGAGUCGAUAUCGAGUGUUGUAGUUUCAUCUGGACCGUUGAGUGACAGUGUUGGCGCGGUCGAUGGGGUUAAGGCUGGGGCUGACGCGGUAGGUUUGGAAACUGAAACGUUAACGGUGAAGCCGUCUGAUGAUUGUAACGGAGAUGGUGAUAUUGUGGUUCGGGAUGCGGUUGAUGGUUCUAGGGUUUCUGGAGAUGAGAAAGGGAUUGUGAUGGAUGAGAGUGAGGUAGUUUUGGAUAAACCGAUCAUGGAUGAUGUGGCUUCAUCUGAACCGUUGAAUAAGAGAGAUGUUGAUGCGGUCGAUGGGGUUAAGAUUGGAGCUGACUCGUUAGGUUUGGAAACUGAAACGCUAACGGUGAAGCCGUCUGAUGGUAAUAGCGGAGAUGGUGAUAUUGUUGUUCAGGAGUCAGUUGAUGAUUCUAAGGGUUCCAGAGAUGAGAAAGGGGUUGCAAUGAAUGACAAUGAGGUGGUUUUGGAUAAUUCGGUCUCGGAUGACGUGGCUUCAUCUGAACCACAGAGUAAUAAAGACGUUGAUGCGGUCGAUGGGGUUAAGAUCGGGGCUGACUCGUUAGGUUCGAAAACUGAAACCCUAACAAUGAAGCCAUCCGCUGAUCAUGUUCAGGAUUCAGUUGAUGAUUCUAGGGCUUCUAAAGACGAGCAAGAAAUUGUAACAGAGAACAUUGAGAAAGUUUCCGAUGAAAACGAGGUUAAUAACGAGGAAAAAGAAGGUGAAUAUAAGGUUACGGAUAUAGUUUGGGCCAAGGUAAAGAACUAUCCAUGGUGGCCCGGUCAGAUAUUCGAUCCAUCUGCAGCAACAGAUAAAGCUAAGAAAUUCUCCAAUAAGAAAGGGCUUCUCGUUGGUUAUUUCGGUGAUCAAUCUUUCGCAUGGAAUAAACCUCCCAACAUCAAGCCAUUUAGGAAGAAUUUCGGUAAACUGGAGAAACAAAGUAAUUCCAAACCGUUUUUACAUGCCGUGAAUUGCGCUUUAGAUGAAGUUUCAAGGCGUGUUGACUUCGGAUUGGCGUGUUCUUGCUUAUCCAAAGAGGUAUACGAUAAAGUUAAAUCCCAAGUUUUUGUUAAUGCGGGAAUAAAGGAAGAAGCUAGCAAAAUAGAUGGUGGUGAUAGAUUUUCGGCCGUUUCUACUUUCAAACCGGUGAAAACGGUUCAAUCUGUGCAAGAACUGGCUAGAGAACAUUUUGACGGAGUUAGUAGAUUGGAGGCUUUGUCUGUGAGAACUCAGUUAUUGGCAUUCUUUCGUUGGAAAGGGCGUAAUCAGUUAAAAGCACCCAAUAUCUUUGAUGAAUUAGAUAUUAAGUUAGAAGAUGAAUCUGAGCUUCCGUUAACAGAGGAAAAUAAGGUGGUUGAAGACGAAAAACUAGCUUCUUUAGGUAAAAAAGUUUCAUCUAAAAAGAGGAAGCUGGAUGUUAGUGACAGUGAUAGUGAUAGUGAUGAUUCGGUUCCGCUCAAGAAAGAAAGAAGUUUGACUAAAGUGACUACAAAGGGUAAAUCGAGUGCAAAAAAAACCUCAUCUAAAAAGAAGAAGCCGGAUGUUAGUGACAGUGGCAUAGACAGUGAUAGUGAUGAUUCGGUUCCGCUCAAGAAAAAAAGAAGUUUGAAAAAUGUAGACCCGAAGGGCAACUCGAGUGCCAAAAAAACCUCAUCUAAAAAGCGGAAGCCGGAUGUUAGUGACAGUGAUAGUGAUAGUGAUGAUUCAGUCCCACUCAAGAAAGAAAUAAGUUUGAAAAAUGUGACUCCGAAGGGUAACUCGAGUGCAAAGAAAACUUCAUCUAAAAAGAGGAAGCCGGACGUUAGUGACAGUGAUAGCGACAGCGAUAGUGAUGAUUCAAUCCCACUCAGGAAAGAAAGAAGUUUGAAAAAUGUGACUCCGAAGGGUAACUCGAGCUCAAAGAAAACUUCAUCUAAAAAGAGGAAGCCGGACGUUAGUGACAGUGACAGCGACAGUGACAGCGAUAGUGAUAGUGAUGAUUCAAUCCCACUUAAGAAAGAAAGAAGUUUGAAAAAUGCGACUCCGAAGGGUAAUUCGAGUACAAAGAAAACUUCAUCUAAAAAGAGGAAGCCGGACACUAGUGACAGUGACCGUGAUAGUGAUGAUUCGGUCCCACUCAAGAAAGAAAGAAGUUUGACAAAGGUGACCCCAAAGCGUAACUCGAGUGCAAAAAGAAUUAAACAAGGUAUUAGCAAGAAAGCAACCAUUGAGGAUAACGUUGAACCAGAUUCUGUUGGUAAAAAAGUUUCAUCCAAAAAAAGGAAGGCGGAUGUUUGUGAUAGUGAUGGUUCAUAUUCGGUUCCACGCAAGAAAGAAAAAAGUUCAACAAAAAUGACUUCAAAGGGUAGCUCUAGUGUAAAAAGAAGUAAAAACAAUACUAGCAAGAAAACAACCUUGAAGGAUAAUGUUGAUAAGGAGGAAAACGGGAGUGGAACCGACAAUAAAAGGCCAUCAAUUUCAUCUCCAAGAAUGUUUAGAGUUGGUGACAGUAUAUGUAGAAUUGCUAAACAGUUAUCCGAGUCACCGUCGAUUCUUAAGAAGGAAUCCGAGAAAUCAAAGAAUGAUGAGAAAACUGCUAAAAAAGAUGCACAACCUGUUGAUGCAAGUCAAACUGAAGAAUGAGCCGCCUAAUUUAGAUGGAUAAAAGAUGGUUACUAGAAUUUACAAAGAGAGUGCUAAAAUUUUGCAAAUGCUGUUGAUCUGUGGGGAGGUUAAUCUGUGAUCAGAACUCACAGAGGGGAUUAGAAGACUUGUUGCUGAGCUCAUGGGUCGUUGAACACGCUAAUUUCUUAUGUUUUGUAUAAAACUUUUGUAACUGGGAUGCAUAUAUUUUAAGCUUUAAAUAGACUUACAGUAUGAAAUGUAUUAUCAGAUGCUUUAUUAUUUAUUACAAGCUCCUACACAUUGAUGAAGGGCAAGCUACAGAAAAGACCAA